CUUCAAUAUAAGGUAGCUCGCCCGGUAUUGAAAACUUUAGACGAACAUCCUCCUUUUCUGUUCUCCUGUCUUUUUGCAACCCAUCGGCUCACCAACUCGGAACCAUGUCUCAAUCCAUCAGUGUGUCAACGACUCAGGCCCAAUCUGGUAUAUCCCAGGAUCUCCGGAAUAACAUCUACUCGGCCCUACUCUCCGGCGAUGGCAUCCGCAAUAUCGAAUCCACUCUUGAUGAAUCCUUGCGCGUCUCUGGCUUCAAAGAUGCUCUGAGAGCCUACAUCACCGAUCUCUUCCGCUCAGGCCAAGCCACUACCUGCGAGGAAGCCCGGAACCUGGCCAUGCAGAAAAUCAGGGAGCAGACGCGUGGUCUGGGCGAGGAUUCCAACGGAGUGAACGGAACCACAAAUGCAAAUGGCGAGAGUGGGGAGGAGGUCGACUUGAAGAUUCCCAAGUCGGCAAUCGACGCCGGUGCAAAGACGGUCAUGAAGGAGUUGGAAAAGGUGUGCGACAUUACAUACGAAGACGACAAGUGAUUGCUCUCGCUCGCAUGAGUAACCCACAUUUUAAAACGCAGCAAUACCAGAAACCGGUUUGCCAGUCUAUGCAUCGGAGGAGAAAAUGCAAGAACAAGAGCUCAACACAUGGCCGUAGCGAACGGCAGUAUCGACGGCACAGUCGGCGUCGCGUACGCGACAUCCUCAAAUAGUGCUGGUGCGUCCCGGAUCUUGUUGUGAGAGAUACUAACAUCACCUUGCAUCUCCGAUAAGCACUCCAGCGCCA